AUGUAUCUUUACGAUGGUUACCCCGUGCCUCAACCGCAACAUCAAUCCACUCCAAGCCAACGACCGGGCAGUCCCUCUCGUUCAAGUGCACCUCCUCGUUCGCGAAGAGAAUCGCCGACUUCGUCUAUUCGCUCUUUGGCAUCGGCAGUCGAAAGCCACCCGUUAGAGACGACAUUUCUACGACCAGCCACUCCAGCUUCUCGUAGAAACAUGCCUUUCCACCCAUCGUUUGUCGGUCAAGCACCACCACCACCGCCGCCGCAAACGACCGCUGCUACUGAUCGCGAGAUCAACGAUCCUGAGGCUUCUGGUCUUGGACCAAUUGGUUCUGGACUUCCCGACGCGCCAGGAUUAAAUCAAAUCCCGAUGACGCAGGAAGCUGCGAUGCCGACAGCGAUGCCAAUUGUCGACUCUAGCGCUGCGUUUCGAAAUGACGGUCGCAAUCAAGGCCCGGCAAUUAUGUCGCCUUUUGGCCAGCGACUUCGAUUCGACUGCACAUUUCUGAUGCUGGCAUGUCUCGCUUCCGCCUGCAUCGCCGUUUUCAUCUACGUGUGCAUUGCGCUCCAAUCAAAGUGCUUGCCAACGCACUUGGACGGAGGCAGCGAGAAUUCCAGCAACGUUCCUGCUCUCUCUCGACGACCGAGCCUUGAGAAUGACGAAGGCAACUCACUUGUUGGCGGAAGUGGACGACGACGGCGACGUUCGUUGAAUGACAGUCGACGGGGACUCUACCCAGCCUGCGAAUGUCACUGCCAGUGCAUCGGUGUCACUCGCCAGUGUCCAUCCGAGGACGACAAGGACGCCGACGCCGCUCCCAACUCUAUCCCAACCGCUCCCAGCCCUUUCCCAACUGCUCUUCCAACCGCGACCCGCGCUUCUGCCGACGCCACUGACGCCGUUGCUUCUGACGAAGAUGAUGACGCGCGAUCCAUUUCGACAAAAUGGGCGUCCGAUUUGGAAUUUGAUAGCAUCAGCAUGAACCCUGGCUUUGCUGAGUGGAUGGAACGGCAGAAUGCGCGACUUCUCGAGGAGGAAAGAGCCGAGCGUCGACGUUUGGCCGCUUUCACCAGCUCUUCCGGCGAGGAGGAUGAAGACGGCUCAACUGACGAAGCAAUGGCUCAUCUCGACGCCGUUUUUGAGGAGGAGGUCGGCUCUGGCGCUACGAUGGACGAGGUUCCAGAGCUUGAAAACGACGAAGAAACUGCUUCUCCACGCCAAGCCCUCACUACUACUGCUGAUCCUCUUGCCGAGUCCUUUAACGAAGCCAAUUCCGCGUCUGAUGCCAUUGAUGUCGCCAAUUCUUCUUCUGCUGACGUCACUGCGCAUUACGACGCCGACUUGGAUACUGUUGUGGUAAAACUCAACUAA